AUGGGAAACAUAGGCCGGCCGAGCACUGGAUGUGGCCUGUGUCGCAAGCGGAGGGUCAAGUGUGACGAAGGUCGACCUGGAUGUCGCAAUUGCGAAAGGCUGAAAAAGCCAUGCCCCGGAUAUCGAGAGCCUGGAUAUGGCUUCAUUCGAACAACUGUCUUCGUUGCGCCAAAAGACGACCAACGCCAACCUCGAGACGCAUCACCACCAUUCCAUGUACAGCCGAGUCAGCUGCGAACACCCGACAUCGAACUCGACCGCAGUUAUGGCAACGAAGACUCUAUGCGAGGGCGGAGCCUCGACCACCAGUAUGAUGGUAUACCGACCCCGAGAUCAAUGACAACAAGUCCAGAUAGCGUGACAGAACAGUCUGUGUGUUACUCCCUACAACAACUGGACGUCAACUCUCGGGUCUUGUAUGGAAACGCGGCGUUUAGCUUCCUGCCUACCAUUCUUGCCCAGGCAGGCCCGGAUUCCUGUGUUUACGCAUCGAUGCGGUCAGUCGGGGCAAUCAACUUUGCCAAUCGCUCUCCUACCGUUGAUUUACGAUCCAUUGUCGAUUUGGAGUACGCAAGAGCUGUUUCAUCAGUCACAAGCGCACUGGCAGACCCCCAACAAUGCUUGAAGGAUGAGACUUUGGUGGCGGUCUGGUUGUUGGCCAUGCGAGAAAUGUUGACAGGGGUUAGUGGACCAUCACGGCCGGGAGGGUCUGGUGCCUCUGGAUAUCAAACCCAUGUCGAUGGCACUCUUAUGCUCUUGCGCCUACGUGGUGAGGAGCAAUUCACUCGCCCUGAAGGUCGCCAUUUAUACUCAACACUCCUCUCUGCCAUGCACUGGCGACCUCUAUUUGCAAGCGAAGAACCGACGCAAGAAUACCUCACCCUCGAAUCCCAGAUCUCAAAAGCGACUCAGGUACCGCCAGCCUCACACAAGCUACAUGCCUUCUUUCACGGCACAUGCAAGCUCAGGGCGCGGAUCAAGAAUUUCUUGUACAUGCAACAACAAGACGUCAACAUUAACCAACAGAAGAUCAUCGGCACGUAUCUCCGAGCCGCACGACGUCUGGAAGACAAGAUGCUGGGAUGGUGUGACAUCCCCGAGUGGUUGCCUCGCAAAGUCCACCUCGGCAACAGCCCGUCUCGAUACCAAACACUCUUCCGCAACCCAUGGACGGUCGGUAGCCUGUACAGACUGCACUGCUUCGUGUCCUGGCCCGGUUUCUUCCAUUGGAAUCGCUUCUUCGUCGCCAAGAUCCUGCUGCACGGCGCGCUGCUCGACGCCCUAUCCGUCCUGAACCCAAGCACCACGGUGUCCGGAUACGCCGAGGACAUGGAUAUCCCGACCUUGAUUCAGAUCCACACCGCCAUCAUCCACGAGUCAGUCGGCGACUUCCUCGGCCUGCUAGCAUACGCCUUCGGCGACGUCGACGGCGAUGGCUUCAUUCGCGCCAUACCCACCCCUGUCAUAAGUGACGGUGCCGCAGACGAACACCGUGGCAUCGAUAUUCCCGCUACUCUCCAGGUCCAGCCCCCUUUGACGUUUCUCAUCACUUUCAAGUACCUCGCUCCCGGCCAGCGGGAGGCCAUGUUUCUCGCGUUGCAGCGUAUUCAAGCGGAGUUUUGUUUGAAGUAG